AGCAGCAGUAGCAGGAGUAACAGCAGUAGCAGCAGUAGAAGGAGUAGCAGCAGUAGCAGUUGUAGCAUAAGUAGCUGCAGUAGUAGUAGUAGUAGUAGUAGUAGCAGUAGUAGUAGUAGCAGUAGUAGAAGUAGUAGUAGUAGUGAGAGUGGUUAUAGUGGCAGCAGCAGCAGCAGUAGCAGCAGCAGCAGUAGUUACAGUAGCAGCAGUAGUAUAAGUAGUAGUAGUAGUAGUAGCAGUAGUAGUAGUAGUAGUAGUAGUAGUAGUAGUAGUAGUAGUAGUAGUAGUAGUAGUAGUAGUAGUAGUAGUAGCAGUAGUAGUAGUUGCAGCAGUAGUAGUAGUAGUAGUAGUAGUAGUAGUAGUAGCAGUAGUAGUAGUAGCAGUAGUAGUAGUAGCAGCAGUAGCAGCAGCAGCAGUAGCAGCAGCAGCAGCAGCAGCAGUAGCAGCAGCAGCAGUAGCAGCAGCAGGAGCAGUAGCAGCAGUAGUAGCAGUAGCAGCAGGAGAAACAGCAGUAGCAGCAGUAAAAGGAGUAGUAGUAGUAGCAGUAGUAGCAGGAGUAGCAGUAGUAGCAGUAGUAGCGGAAGUAACAGUAGUAGUAGUAGUAGUAGUAGCAGCAGCAGCAGCAGUAGCAGCAGCAGUAGCAGCAGUAGCAGCAGUAGCAGCAGUAGCAGCAGUAGUAGCAGUAGCAGUAGUAGCAGAAGUAACAGCAGUAGCAGCCGUAGAUGGAGUAGUAGUAGCAGCAGUAGUAGCAGGAGUAGCAGGAGUAGCAGUAGUAGCAGAAGUAGCAGCAGUAGUAGUAGUAGUAGUAGUAGUAGUAGUAGCAGUAGUAGUAGUACCAGUAGUAACAGUAGUUAUAGUAGAAGUAGUAGUAGUAGUAGUAGUAGUAGUAGUAGUAGUAGUAGUAGUAGUAGUAGCAGCAGUAGUAGUAGUAGUAGUAGUAGUUGUAGUAGUAGUAGUAGUAGU